CGGCCCGGGCUGGGCCCGGCGGGAGCGGCCUUAGCCUGGGCUGGGCCGGGCCGCGCUCCCGCCCCGGGGCCUGCGGGAGUCGCUCGGCAAAGCCCCCCUCCCCCUCUUUGGAGGGAAACCCCCCGGACUGGGUUAGCGGUGCCUUCCCGAGAUUGCAGCGAUUUUUAAAAUGGUUUCUAAUGAAGCUGAGCCAUGAGACUGUGACCAUUGAGCUGAAGAAUGGGACGCAGGUGCAUGGAACCAUCACAGGGGUGGAUGUCAGCAUGAACACGCAUCUCAAAGCAGUGAAAAUGACCCUGAAGAACAGAGAGCCCGUUCAGCUGGAGACACUGAGCAUUCGAGGGAACAACAUCCGCUACUUCAUCCUGCCGGACAGUUUGCCUCUGGAUACUUUGCUAGUGGAUGUUGAACCAAAAGUCAAAUCCAAGAAAAGAGAAGCAGUUGCUGGAAGAGGCCGUGGAAGAGGCCGUGGCAGAGGCCGAGGUCGUGGAAGAGGAAGAGGAGGCCCAAGACGAUAACUUCUCGUCAUGCAACUCUUACCAAGUUCUGAGCAAUUUCAGCUAUUUUUUGUACAGGUCUUGUUUAUGGUAUCCAUUUUUAAUAAACUGAAAUGUGAAAA